AUGCAUUGCCAGACACGGCCUCAAGAGAUGAACACCUCAACCUUUUUCAACAGUUACCUGCAACCUCGAGUACAACUUCAAAGACCUUUUGAUUCCAACACUUCACUCUCCAAUUCACCCAAUCUCAUCAUCAUCCACUCUCACUUUCAAACAACAGCAACCAUGCCCCCCAUUCCCCUCCACACCAACUCCCCCAUCAACCCCGCCAAAGCCUCAGGCAUAACCCCCCAAACCACCCCCCCAAACAAUGAUCAGCCAACACCAACGAAAACAACCUCUCUCCCCUCUUCAGCUGCUCCCAAUAACGGCCCACCACCACCCCAACCAGGCGCCGUUCCCCAUCUUCCUCAACCAACCUCCUUCCCAGCCUCCUCCACUGGUCCUGCUCCCCCUCAACCAGCAGCCGCCCCAGCCACUACCGCAGCACCAACAUACCCACCCCCUCCCCAGUCCUCAAUCCCCUCUCCAGAACUGCCAUACAAUCAGCGAGGAACCUCGACAGCUUUUACAUCUGCUACAACGACAGGAGCAGCGGUGUUGCCCGGCCCGAGCCCUUACGAGACUGGUGGUGGGCAGGGGUAUCAACAGAGGACGGAUUCGGGGUAUCGGCCUGGGGGAGGGGAGGAAAAUGAGGAGCAUGGUGUGUUGGGGAGUGUGAUGGGGUAUGCUAAAGCUGCGGGAGAGAAGCUGAGUGAGGCGGAGAGGGAGGUUUGGAGGAGGAUUAAUGGGGAGAAGUGA